GUUGUCUAGUUCAGUGGAUAAAUCUUAAGGCGACCAUCGUACCAUGAGUCUUUGGAAAGCUAUCAUUGAGGCAGUGGCUUUGCUACUAUGCUCCGCACUCUUAUAUCCAUUAAUUGUGAAGGUUUAUCGUCGGCAUGGCGAAAGCCGACUAGAUGGCCUCUACGAUAGUCGAAAAUCGGCCGAAAAAGUGACCUCCAAGCCCAAGUUUGAAAUUAUUGCUGUCCAUAGUCUCGGCGCGCAUUAUGAGUACACAUGGACUCGAUCCGUCCCGACUAAUCUCAACCCUACGGGAAGAGUUAAUUUACUCGAAUUGCUUGGGGAAACUUUCACCAAUGCUCGUAUCCGAUAUUUUUCUUACGAUAGCUACCCGUGGGCUAAUUCCCCCAUUGUGGGCGCCAGAGAACUCGGCAAGAAGUUGUACGACGAGAUCGUAAGCUCUCAGCAAGCCUAUGAGCAUGUCCCAAUAAUAUUUAUUAGCCAUAGUUUCGGUGGACUCGUUGUCAAAGAGGCGUUACGCCAAUCUAGUGAAGCUAGAGCCAGCCCGCACAGAAUUAUCGAUAGGACAUGUGGUAUUAUUUUCCUUGGCACCCCCCAUCAUGGUUCAAAUGCAGCUGCCCUCGGUACCUUUGCUGCCUCUUUACUCUCUCCUCUCGGCUCCACGACUCUAUUGUUAUUAUCCCUGCGAAAAGAUGAGAGUCACCUUUCGGACCUAUCAGACGACUUUAAGAAGUGUCUCAACCAAAAUAGUCAAAGAAAGAAAAUUAGAAUUGUUUCGUUCUACGAAACAAAGCCUACCUACCUAUUUGGUUGGAUCUACCUUGGCCGCAUAGUCGAUAGAAACUCGGCUAACGUACACGCUAACGAAUGGCACCAUAUCGCUACUGAUCACUCGGGUCUCAACAAAUGUAGAGAUGAGAAUGAAGGCCCGUAUCAAGCACUCGUUAAACAGAUCAAAUGCGUCUCACUGCCUAGCGAUAAAGCAGAUACUCUAAUACGUGCAAAGUGUUAUGAUGACGAGAGGCUUCGAGUUGAACGUAUUUCCGGCAAACAACUCGAAUUAGAAAAUUGCUAUAUUAAUCUUACUAUUUUAAGUCAAGAUGGGAGGGGGACGACAUCGGAUACUCCAUCACCUUCUACGAGGUCAAUUGACGAGGCAUCAGCGGACGACAUGAUAAUAAUAAACCCCCCUCCGCAUUUUCGUUCCACUGAGCUAGAUGACGAGAAAGCGUCGGAAUCCAUAUCGGUUACUACAUCACUUUCUACGAGAUCACUUGACCUGGCUUCAAAGGACGAAAUGGCAAAAAUAAAACCCCCUUCAGAUUUUCGUUUUAUGGAGCUAGAUGACGAGCCAGCGUCAGAAUCCACAUCCCCCAGCAGUAUCAACCCUUGCUUUUUCGAGCCUCCCAGUUUUCCCGAAGAACAUUCCGAUUUCAUUGUCCCAGAAGAGGAAAUCGCUGCUCAAAUUUUACCCGCUAAUAUCUUCGAGCCAUGCACCGGACCUGAUGGAUUCUAUGAACGACCAAGGCGGGUACUGAUUCGAGGGAACGCUGGAAGCGGUAAAACGACGCUGUGUAAGAAGAUAGUAUACGAUUUCAAACAUGAGAAAUUAUGGAAGGGCUUGUUUGACCGUUUGUUGUGGGUGCCCCUGCGGCGACUCGAAACCUACGAUCGAUUAUCUAGCCUAGAAGACCUAUUUUACGAAGAGUAUUUUUCGACUAACAUGGGGUUUGAAGUUGACGGGAAAAGGCUAGCUCGUGCGUUACUUGAAGAAGUAACCCGAGAAAAGAAGACCCUGUUCCUCCUCGACGGUCUAGAUAAACUACUCGAUACAGAGCGUGAUAAUAGGGCACACCCAUUACUUAUGGCUCUUCUCAAGCAACCAAACUUCAUAAUUAUGUCUCGUCCGUACGCAAAAGUUCCGGACGAUAUCAAUGUUGAUCUCGAACUACAACUUGUUGGGUUCUCUCGGUUUCAAGUCAGGAAGUACAUCAACAUGGCCUUUCCCGCGAAGGUUGAAGCCGAUAAGGUAUAUGACUUUCUCCUUGACAAUGGGCUUAUUGAAGGGCUCGCGCGGAUCCCAAUUAUUCUCGAUGCAAUUUGCCAUACAUGGGACGCUACCAGGCUAGGAUCAGCACCACAGACAAUGACUGUAGCGUACAACGCCAUUGCAGAAGAGUUAUGGAAGAAAAGUGGCUCGCAACGAAGCGGAAUAGGUGUAGAUGAUGUCAAGGUUGGGGACAGUCGAACGCGUGACAAGACAGUCAAACAUAAGGUUUCUCUUCUUGAAGCUCUUGCUUUCACUGGACAUUACAAUGGCAUGAUAUAUUUUAGCUCGAAGCAUUACUCGGCUGUGUUAGACGAGUUCCAGCUAUCCCAUCUACCCGGGCGUUUUAAUCCAAUAACCGAAUUCCAAACCGAGCUACGCCCUCUCACUUUCUUUCGGACUUCAGACCUUUCGCCAAAGCACGGUACACCAAAAUAUUACUUUAUACAUCUAACAUUCCAGGAAUACUUCGCUGCACGAUACUUCGCGAGGCACUGGGAAAAGAAAAAACGACUCAAAUGCCUCAUAUUCAAAGAUGAAAAUAUAUCCGCCCGCGAAUUUAUUAGAAAAUUCAAAUACGAUAAACGAUAUAACCUCUUUUGGCGUUUUGUGGCUGGUUUGCUGGACGGGUACGAGAAUCGAAAAAUUGAUUUCCUUGAGGAAAUCGAAUCAAAACCUCGCGACCUUUUGGGUGUUACGCAUCAACGAUUAGUCAUGUGUUGUCUCAAUGAGAUGAUCCAAAGGGAUAAUCAUAAAAACUAUAUAGCGUUUUCCAAGUCUCGGGAAACCCAAUUAUCCAAGUGGCUUCGGUUUGGAGUCGCCUUAGAACCCAAGCUGUGGCAUCCGUUAUUAUGGGGAAGGGAGUGGCUGGACCGUAUAGUCGAGGAAGCAGCGGGAAGAUCGAUCAAAGAUGAGGUUUCCAUAUCACUGCUUAAGUUAUUCUUUGGGAGAAUUAAAGGAAGAACAAUUUCGCCGGCGCUCGUCAGAGUCAUAACUACCUGGAUUAAUACUACGGACGCGGCUUUGCGAAACAGAAUCCUCCCUAUGCUCAGUUGUGCAAGGGAAUUGCCGGCAGCCAUCUUCUCUUUAUUCCAAAAUUUACUCCGCCGUACUCCGCGUCAUCCUUCCGCCUACCAAGUAUUAGAAAUUAUCUACUAACCAAACCAAUUAGCUGAUGAUGUCCUCGUCACAGUCAGUGAUACCUUCCUUGAAGAGUAUUCAGGCCAAGAGAUACUUAAUCAGUGCCGAAAGGUUCUUGAAAAGCAGCGUGAGCUACCUGAAAAGGUCAGAAGUCAAUUGAGACGUAGCUUAGAAGGCGAUAACGAAUCAUCGGACAUUCAACGUAUAAUAUGCAAGAUAUU